UAUCAUAAUGUUUCUAUUUACAGUCCCUCUCUCUCUUUCCUCUGUUGUUUGAGAAAAUAUAUAUAGGGAGAGAGAGAGAACGGUUCAGAAAUGGGUUUAUAUUCAACCAUGAUGGAGGAGAUAACCUUGUACACGGGGCUAUCUCCAACGGCGUUCUUCACCAUCAUGGCCAUGAUGGUCGUCGUUUACAGAACCGUUAGCGGCAUGUUCGUGUCCCCCGAAGAUUUCAACAAACCCCCUAUUAUUUCGGCUCGAACCGGUGGCCGGUUCGACGACGACGACCCCAAACCGCCACGCGAACCGGUUCGGUUGGGUGAAAUCACGGACCAGGAAUUGAGAUCCUAUAAUGGCUCCGAUCCUGAUAAACCUCUCCUGAUGGCAAUCAAAGGCCAGAUCUAUGACGUCUCCACUGCCAGGAAUUUUUAUGGUCCCGGAGGACCUUAUGCAAUGUUUGCCGGAAAGGAAUGUAGCAGGGCCCUUGCUCUACUGUCUUUUAAACCUGAAGAUAUUAAUGGGAACCUCGAAGGUUUGGGCGAGGGAGAGCUUACAAUUUUAGAAGAUUGGGAAUAUAAAUUCAUAGAAAAGUAUCCAAAGGUUGGCCAGCUUGUUCCAGAGCAAAGAACUCAGCAAAAUGAGCACCAAAAAGAACAAAUUCAAGACAAUUUAAACCUUGAAUGCAAGGGCAAAGCAGAAUAGAAGCCAUUAUAUUGUUGUAUAGGUUGUGUGUAACCGACAGAUUAUUAUAUGUGAACACCUAAUUUUUGUUCUAAAUAUUUAGAAA